UUCCGGCUUGAACUUUCAGGAAGUUGGAAAGGUUUAAAGUACGAAUCUGAAAGCAUCAAAUGAAUUGAAGUUUCCCCUCCUGUAAAUCUUUAAGAAAAAUGGCCGAGUCACCAGAAGAUUUGAAGAAGACUUUGUCAGAGGUGGAGCAAUUUCUGGAAGGGUUGGGCAAGGAGAAAUUGGGUAAGGAUGCAAAGAAGAAGAGAGAAGACAUCUUGAACAAACUGAAAGAGAAACUUCAGGAGAAAGGCAGUGAUGAAGACUCAGGAGAUGUUUAUGAGCAGACCCAAGAAGAGGAAACUUACGAGGAUGUCAAUACUCUGAAGGGAGACAGGAGUCAGUCAGUCUCAUCACUCACAGACGCGCCAUAUGGAGAUGUGGAUGACACAAUCCCAAUAAUACCAGCACCAAACCUCCUUGAACCUGAUUUUGCUGCUUACAUGGAGAAAAAAAGGAAAGAGGGACCACUGAAGCUGUCUGCCUGGCAACGUCGCUGGGUGGUCAUUAAAGACAACAUCAUGUUCUACUAUGAGAAGCACACAGACAAGAAACAGAGAGGAGCUGUUCGUUUAGAGGGUUAUGAAAUCAAGAAAGCUGAUGACCUUGAAUCAGCCCCCAAGGUUGACCGAAAGAAGAAGGACCUUUACUUCCAACUGGUCAAGACAGGCCAAAGAGUGUAUCAGGGUUCUAAGAAGGAUCAGAAGAGUCGAGGAGACGAAGAGAUUCUGAAAUUCAUUGCCUUAAAUCAGGAGGACCUGAAAUUUAUGGUCCACACCAUCCACAAGAUCACCCCUCCUACAAGCAAACCUCAAGACAUGGAAACAGAUGAAGUCUAUGAAGAUGCUACAUCGGCCAGGGCCGAGGAAGAGAAUCCUUAUGAGCAAACAGAUACGAAGAUGCAAGACCCUAAGACGGAAGAAAUUAUCGAAGAAGACGUGUAUGACGACACCAUGUCACCUGAAGAUGUUUACGAUGAUACUCUCUCCCCGAAGGAGGCGGCCGCUCCAAAACCAGUCGAAACAAAACCAGAAGAAGAAAAUCCUGAUGAUGAUGAUGUCUAUGAGGACACCAUGUCUGCCAGUCAAGACCAAACCCCUGUUCUGCCACCAAGACCAGCAGAAACCCCACAUAACAAACCAACGCCAGGGAAGAGGGACCUCCCCCCACCCCCUCCAGAUCCAGUAGAGGAUAGUCCCUCCAACGAGCAGCCUCCUGCAUCGAGGCGAGAGCUCCCCCCUCCUCCUGACAAUGGUAGCUCCUCGGGAGACAAGCCUCCGGUACUUCCCAAGCGAGAGCUGCCCCCGCCCCCCUCGGGAGACAGCCCCCCUCCCUCUCCAGCGAGGAGAGAGCUACCCUCACCACCAUCGCAGAACCACGCUCCGCCAGUACUACCCAAGAAGCAACACGUCAUUACGGUGCCUCCGCCUGAAAACGACCUCCCCAACAUGUACAUGGCAUUGUGGGAUUGUAGCGCCGACACGGUCCAAGACCUGGCGUUCAAACGGGGCGACCUGAUCCAAGUCGUGAGCCGCGAGUACGAGUCCUUCAGCUGGUGGAUUGGGUUUCUGGAUGGCAAAGUUGGGCUGGUGCCCAAGGACUAUCUCAUGCAGGCAUACGAAUUGUAAUCU